AUGUCAUCAUCAAUUAUUACAUCACUGGCUGUAGCUAGUAAACAAAUAACUCUUUAUUUGGGCACAUUUACUCUUAUUGCUGGUGUUAUUGGUGGAUUACUCAAUAUCGUUGUUUUUCUUAGUCUGAAAACUUUUCGAGAAAGUUCUGCUGCAUAUUAUUUGACUAUUAUGUCUAUUGUCAAUAUAGGUCAACUGCUUACAGGUUUACUUUCUCGUAUUAUGACUAGUGGUUUUAAUAUAGAUUGGACAUUAACAUCUUUAUUUUAUUGCAAAUUUCGAUUGUACUGUUUUAAUACAUGUGCAAUGAUAUCAAUGACUUGUAUUUGUUUGGCAAUCAUUGAUCAAUAUUUAGCCACUUCUCCUCGUGUACAAUGGCGUCAAUUGUGUAAUAUGAAAAUAGCUCGUCGUUUAGUAUUCCUAUUUGUUCUUAUUUGGAUUAUUCAUAAUAUUCCUUUUAUGAUCUAUAAUGAUCAUAUUAUACUGCAAACGACAGGUCAAGCUACGUGCAUAAACACGAAUAAUAUUUUUCAACAAUAUGUUUCUUAUGGUACUGCUUUUGUAAUUGGAAAAGUUAUUCCUAUUUGCAUUACAUUUGUGUUUGGACUUUUGGCUUAUCAUAAUGUACAACAACUAGGUUAUCGAACAGUACCUCUUAUCCGUCGUGAACUAGAUAAACAAUUAACAGUGAUGAUUUUAGUUCUCAUUGUUUUUGCUUUCUUUACUAAUAUGCCAUAUAUUAUUGUAACCAUUCUAUUAGCAAUACCACAAUUCACUCAAGAUCCUGUCCUUUCAGCACAAAUACAAUUUGCCAAUCUUAUGGCCAUAUAUCUUGUUUAUAUAUAUUUUGCAAGUCCAUUUUACAUCUAUGUAUGUGUAUCUAAUCGAUUUCGUCGACAAUUGAUACAUGUAUCAUUUGAGAUAUAUCUCAAUCGAUUGCAACCAGGAAGAGUGGCAAUCAAUCAAGUUAUGCCAGAAACUUGA